CUUCCGGACAAUCUCAUCCGUGAGUUUCGUCCGCCUAUGCUACAGGGCUCUGGCCCUCUUAUACCUUUCCUCUGCUGAAGGCGUGUUCUUUCUUAGUCUUUUCUUUUAUCCUGUAUGCUGUUUUUUGACGAAGACAUUCCUUCGUCUUCCUUGCUUCCGGUAAGCCUUUCGGUCUCGCCGAGGGGGAGGUGUUGUGACCUUCGGUUACUCUCGGUGGGUGGGAUCCCGAUUGCUUACUUAGGUUUUUCUAGGUUUCCUUUUUUCGGUUGUUUCCUUGCUCGCUGUAACUUCUGUCUUUCUUUCCUCAUUGCUCGUUGUCCUUGUCGUUUGCGAAACCCUCCUCCUUCCCCGGUCUCCUCCCUAUUGUAUUUUAACCGGGUCGCCUUCAAUUCCAGAGGUUCUGGCAUUUGCCGGGACUGUUGCCCCGCUAAUCGCUUGAGUCUCCUGCGUGCACACAAGCAAGGAGAAGUACACUCUGGCAUUCACAAUGAACAGUUAGCUAGACAUCGUGUGGAUCUACAUUGUUUGGGUUGGGCGCUUCAGCGCUCUAGUCUUUUGAUUCAAGGAAUCGAAUCGAAUGUCCUCUCGAUAGUCGCCUUCAAAACAUAUAUGCAGAGUCGUUUAUACCAGGCCAUUUGCGUUUUCCCAUAGCAGUCAACCAUCACCACGUCGUCCGAAUGCCGUCCCAGCCAUAUGUAGGAGAACUUGACUAGCACCAGGGUUUCUGCUAGAUGUGAAGCGUCGCCCUGAGUAGUGACCUAUAAAUGAGUAAUAACUACGGCUGGCGCGGCAAGCGC